GUGUGUGCGAGUGCCGCCGCUCGGGAGCCGGGCCGCGCGGCGGAAGGCGAGGCGAGGCGCAACGAACUCCUCCGGUGCCUCCGGUGUACCAAAACACUCGGCCGCCUCUCGCGACCGCGCUCGCUCCCCCCUGUGAUGUGAGCGGGGCCACACCGGCUGCGCACUGCGCCCGCGCCCCCCAGAGGACGACUAACCUCACCUCUCCUCACCGACGCCGCCAUGGAGGCCCGCUCGGCAGUCGUCUGCAUCCUGGUGCUGCUGGCCGGCGCGGCACAGACCAAACACGAGCAGGCCGGAGGUGA